UUAAAACUAAAGACGGAUAAACAAAAGAGGUUGUUACCAAAUUGCCCACGACUUCAUUCACGACUGUUUUUAAGGUUUUCCAGAUUGAAAUCGAUCCGGAAGAAUCCGAAUCCGCAAUGAUUGAUUUGACAGAUGCUGGUGAGAAUCUCGGAACCGUGACCCCCAUCCUGGAGUCCGGCGGCAAUCCCUUCAAGCUGCCCCUGCCCCCCGGCCAGCUCACCAAGCAGAAGCCCCCAUCGCCGGGCUACGCCAUCACGAACUCGCUCCUCGGACAUGUUGGCUGCAUUACGGCCGUGAAGUUCAGUCCGGAUGGCAGUCACGUAACCAGCGGCUCGGCCGACUGUCUCCUCAAGCUGUGGGACGUGCAGGCCGGCAGCUGCAUCCAAUCUCUGGUCGGGCACCAGAUGGGUAUCAACGAUGUGGCCUGGUCCGCGAGUGGAAUCCUGGCCAGCUGCAGCGAUGACAAGACCGUGCGCUUCUGGGAUCCGCGCAGCGUGCUCUGCGUUCAAACUCUGGAUGGGCACGGCGGAAUCGUCUUCUCCUGCUGCUUCAAUCCGCAGUCCACUCUGCUGGCCUCCACCAGUUUCGACAAGACGGUCCGCCUGUGGGAUGUGCGGACCGGGAGAACCCUGAAGACAGUGACCGCCCACCAGGAUCCCAUCAGUUCGGUGGACUUCAACCGGGAGGGCAGCCUCUUCGUGACCAGCAGUUUCGAUGGACUGGUGCGCCUGUGGGACACGAGCACCUGCCAGGUGCUAAAGACGCUCAUCGACGACGACAACACGCCAGUGGGCCAUGUGAAGUUCUCGCCCAAUGGCCGCUACAUCCUGGCCUCCACGCUGAACAACACGCUCAGGCUGUGGAAUUACGAGAAGACCAAGUGCCUGAGGGUCUAUCGCGGGCAUGUGAACGAGGCCUACUGCCUGUCCUCCAACUUCUCCAUCACCGCGGGCAUCUGGAUCGUAUCUGGCAGCGAGGACGAGACGCUGUGCAUCUGGGACCUGCAGACGAGGAAGCUGGUCCAGAAGGCGGCCACACAGGGCGACCGGGUGCUCUGCACCGCUUGCCAUCCGACGGCGAACGUGAUCGCCACCGGAGCACUGCAGAACACUUACGCCGUCAAGAUCUGGAAGAGCAGCGAGUAGUGAUCCUGGCAAUCAACUAAAGUAUACCGAUCAA